AUGGAACGCUCAACUCAUAGCUCAACGAGCGACACCUCCUCAACCACACAAUCAUUCAACAUGCACAUCGAAGAAGGCACUCCUUCACUUCGACGCUCGCGACUCCUAAACCUCACCACAUCAAAACCCUUCAUCCCGAAUCACCUCUUCAAGACCCUCUUCUUUAUCACAACCCUAAUCUGCAUCGCCGAAUACCUCUACAUAAACCACCUAACCACCUCCAACACCCGCAUCCCAAACGACCCCUACGACAACACCUUCGCCCUCAUAACGAACCCCACAAACCCCUCCCUCUGGUCCCCCUCCCACCAGAACUUCAUCCACAGCGCCGUGCCCGUGCCAGUGCACUCCCACAACGACUACCUGCAUCGGAUCCCUCUCUUCGAAGCCCUCGCUUCAGGCUGCAUCAGCGUCGAAGCCGACGUCUACUUACAAAAUGCCGACUUGCUGGUCGGUCAUAAAGCGCGGGAUUUACAACCCUCCUCCACGCUGCGGUCGUUAUAUCUAGAACCACUCCAACGCAUGCUCGUCGCGCAGAGUGGACGCGGAAUCUUCGAUCGCGCGCCUAGCCAAACAGUCGUCUUGCUCGUCGACCUGAAAUCCGACGGGGGAGACACAUUCGCGGAAUUACACGCCCAACUGGAACCAUUGCGCGAGCUCGAUUAUCUCACGUACUGGAACGGCAGCGCCAGAGUAAACCGACCGCUUACCAUCGUCGCGACGGGGAAUGCAGAAUUCGUAUCCAUCACCGCGUUGAAUAGUACGCACCGGGAUAUAUUCUACGAUGCGCCCCUCCAUACCCUGCGUUCCAGUGCUGAUGAUCUAGAUAUCCAGCCCCCUCGGUAUGGAUACAACACCUCCAACUCGUACUUAGCAUCCACGGAGUUCAAGAACGCGAUUUUGUAUACGCACAAGAAUGAAAGUAGUGCGUGGACGAAAGACGCGAGUCAGACGCAGAUAGAGCAGGCGCAGGAUAGGGGACUGGUGUCGAGGUAUUGGGACACGCCUGCUAGUCCGCCGAAUACGCGGGAUAUUGCGUGGAGGGUGUUGGUGGAGAGGGGGGUGGGGGUUUUGAAUAUGGAUGAUUUGGGGAUGGUGAGGGGAAGGGGGAGGGGGUGGGGACGGUUGGAGUUGAAGUAG